AGCCGAGAGCAGAGCAGUAAGGUUACACAUACGCUUAGUAAUCGCGAUCUGCUCGCUGAGUGUCGGCAUACUUACAAGGGCGUAUCUGAGGAGAACAUUACUGUUUCUUACACCCUUAAAGAAAUGUUCAAGAGAAUGGAAAACAGUCACAUGAAAAUGCUCAAGGAGAACACCAAAAUUAGUCAGGAGGCAACGAAAGCCGAGCUCAGAGCCGAGAGCAGAGCACUAAGGUUGCACAUACGCUUCGUGAUUGCUAUCUGCUCGCUGAUUGUCGGCAUACUCGCAAGGGCGUAUAUGAGUUUUUUAAAAGAGAUGGAGAAAAUUAAUGGAAAGAAGCAAAAGUGUUCCUUUUUGUGGCACUACUGUUGA